AUCCAUCAUUUUCGUCAUCAUUAUCGCCGAUAGAGACUCUUGACGAUGCAACUGUUACCAAGAGAAUCUCCUCUCCUCUGGUUUACCUUGAGUUAAAAGUCAAAAAAGUGAAAAGCAGAAGCUUUUAUUCUGUUGCAUUUGUUUUAUUGUGCUGAGUUAAUUACUGUAUACUCUAAUUUCCAUUGUUUCUUCUUGUUUUCUUUAAAAUAAAACAUGGCUCCUUAUUUGAAUAAAGUUGUUACAAUGAAAUCAUUUCUCAGGACUCAAUAUUACCAUAUGAUCAACCAACAAGUUAACUUAUCAUCUGCCCGGUCUACAACAAAGCUUUUCAUUAAUGGACAAUUCGUUGAAUCUAAAUCUUCUAAUUGGAUUGAUCUUCAUAAUCCCGCCACCAAUGAAGUCAUCUCAAAAGUGCCUUUAUCAACCCAACAAGAAAUGGAAGAUGCUGUUGCUGCUGCUAAAGAGGCUUACAAAAGCUGGUCUCAAACCUCGUUAAUCAGUCGCCAGCAAUACUUGUUCAAAUACCAAAACUUAGUUAAAAGCAAUAUGAAAAGAUUGGCCGCCAUUGUAACUGAAGAACAGGGUAAAACAAAAGCUGACGCUGAAGGUGAUGUAUUCCGAGGCUUACAAGUAAUUGAGCUUGCUUGUGCAGCGCCUAGUCUAUUGAUGGGACAAAGUUUUGAAUCGGUUGCUAAAGAUAUGGAUACAUUCAGCUAUCGUAUUCCAUUAGGAGUAUGUGCUGGUAUUACUCCAUUCAAUUUCCCUGCCAUGAUUCCUUUGUGGAUGUUUCCCUUAGCUAUUGCUGCUGGAAAUACUUUUGUACUCAAACCUUCAGAACGAAUACCAGGUGCUACUAUGAUGCUUAUGGAGCUUUUGAAUGAAGCUGGUGUUCCUCCUGGAGUUGUAAAUGUUUUCCACGGCCAACACGAUGCCGUCAAUUUCAUCUGUGAUAAUCCAACCAUUAAAGCGAUCUCAUUUGUUGGAGCUGAUACUGCGGGUAAACAUAUCUAUUCUCGUGGUGCUGCUAAUGGUAAACGGGUUCAAUCUAAUAUGGGUGCCAAAAACCAUGGUGUUGUUAUGCCAGAUGCCAAUAAAGAAGACACCUUGAAUCAAAUUGCUGGAGCUGCAUUUGGGGCUGCAGGUCAACGAUGUAUGGCAUUAUCUACAGUUAUUUUUGUCGGCGAAUCAGCCAAAUGGAUACCAGAACUCAUUCCUAGAGCAAAUAAAUUAAAGGUGAAUGCUGGUCACAUUGAUGGAGCUGAUAUUGGACCAGUUAUUUCUCCUCAAGCAAAAGAAAAGAUUUGCUCUUUGGUCGAUAGUGGAGUUCAAGAAGGUGCCAAAUUAAUUCUUGAUGGACGUGGUGUUAAAGUUCCAGGUUUUGAAAAGGGUAACUUUAUCGGUCCUACUAUAUUGACUGAUGUUAAAACUUCAAUGAAAUGUUACAAAGAAGAAAUUUUUGGUCCUGUUUUAAUCAUUUUGACUGUUGAUACUCUUGAUGAGGCAAUCGAAUUAAUUAACUCCAAUCCUUACGGUAAUGGAACUGCAAUAUUCACUCGAAAUGGAGCUACUGCUCGUAGAUUCACCCACGAAAUUGAUGUUGGCCAAAUCGGAGUUAAUGUUCCAAUUCCAGUUCCUCUCUCAGUAUUCUCAUUUACCGGUACUCGAGGCUCAUUCCAUGGUGAAAACCACUUUAUGGGACAAAUGGGAAUCAAUUUCUACACCGAGACAAAAACAAUUACUCAAUUGUGGAGGAAAUCUGAUGUCACUGGGUUUGAAGCAAACACUUCCAUGCCAGUCAUGAAAUAAGCCAUUCAAAAUUUAUACUGUUAUUUUAAUAAUCGCUAUCACGGUAAAACAUGUUGAAAAUCAACAAUCGAUCAAUUCAAUAAUCAUUGUUGUAAUUUAUCUUUUAAUAAACAAAGAAUUUAUAAAUUAAUUUUAUCGAUUAAAUUAACUGA